AUGAAUUUUCCUUCGUCAGAACUGCACUCCUUCUGGGAUAUCUCGGCCCAACAGCCUGACACGUUUUCAGCUCUGGCAGACGACGACUUCCUCGCUUUCCUCCAGAAGCAGUUUCCCACUGCCGUAGGCCCCAACGCACCCCUGUCGUUCGAUAACCCGGACGGCGUCGAUCCCCAGACUAUUUCCUCCUUCCCCCCGCUUAACAACAGCCCGCCGUCCAGCGACAGCAGCCCCAGCCCCCCUAGCACUCACCACGAGUCGAGUCUCUCACGGAGACAAUCCGGGGCUUUCAGCAACCCCCCUUCGGCCAACGGCUCCGAUCAGCAUGAGCGGCCUCAAGAAGACAGCACCCUAAAGCGCAAGGCCGCCAAAGACGACGAUGAUGACGACGACGACGAGCCUCAGGCAAAGUCGCAGCAUACAUCUGGCUCCAACAAAAAGGGUGGGUCAAAUAGCUCGCGUCGCAAGUCGGGAACCCCGCAAGAUGAGACCCGCCUUCUUAAGCGCAAAGAACAGAAUCGCGCAGCCCAACGUGCCUUCCGUGAGCGCAAGGAACGGCAUGUCAAAGAUCUUGAGGACAAGGUCGCCGCGCUCGAGGCCAAGAACUCCAUGUCGGAGCAGGAGAAUGAGAACCUCCGCGACCUCUUGCAGCGCCUACAGAACGAGAACAUGAUGCUCAAGCAGGCGGCGUUCACGUUCACGGCCCCCCGCCAGAACAACGUCGCCAACGGAACGAGCACUGCGCAGUCCUCGAUGAACAACCACAAUAUGCAGUUCAACUUUGCUUCGCCCGGCGCCGGGCCAAGCAAGUCGCCGCAGCCCGCACAGGCACACCAGUUCGACCUGAACUUUAACUCUCUCAUACCGUUCGACCCGAACACCCUUAACCCGGCUGAGGACUUCCCCGACAUGGACAACAUGAAUGUCGAUUCGUUCCCAUUCGCGGGCACUUACAAGACGAUCGCGAGCAACCCCAUGUUCACGUCGUUUGCGGAGCCGUCCCCAGCCGACAGCCCGCCGUUGUUGGUAAACAACUCCCAUCAGUUUACACCGGGAUCCUUCGACUCCUUUACGGAGCAUUGGACACCACCAGAGGGAAGCCAGGACGCUCUCGAGCAGCUCUUUGGCGCCAGCUUCCUCUCAUCCAACGCUAACAGCGUCGCGGACUUCCAGGCGAUCCUCGCGAGCUCGCCGAGCUCAAUAUCGCCUAUAUCCCACGCUUCACUACGCACGCCCUCUCUCUCGUCCGCCGGGUCGUCGCCCGCCGGUACUGCGCCUAGUCCACAUACAGGGAACGGCAGCCCAGCACUCCACAAUAUGACCGACUGUCCGAAGACCAAGGAAGGUCUUGCGAAGGCAGUCAUAGACGGGGGCCACGCGAACGGCGGGGCGGCAUGCGAGAUGCCCUUUGCCCCGAUUCUGAAGAAGUCGGUGGACGAGAGCGGCGCAGGGCCAUUCGUGACGUGCAAGGGCUCUAGCUUCCCGAAGACGGAGAAGAGCGACAAGAACGUGGAGGUGCUCGCGGCAUGGCGCAGCAUCACGAGCAACCCGCAGUUUAAGGUUGCUCACGCUCGGUUGUGGGCCCAGGAUGUGGACAUCAACGAUUUGUGCUCAGAGUUCACUAGCAAGGCGCGCUGCGACGGGACGAAGGUCGUGCUCGAGCCCGAGGGUGUCCACCACAUCAUCGAGACUCUUGCCGCAAGACACGCCCAGGCGCAGGCGCAGCAGCAGCAGAAGUAG